AAUACCAGACUAGAGAAAUUCACCUUCGAACUCCGAGGCUUAGAUCCUGAAAGUUUUCUCCAGCUUUUAGCCAUGCAACCAAAUGAGAUUGCAGGACUCCAUUAUCUAGUUCCUCCCAACUCAUCCCCGUAUUCAGCUCAUUUCAGCAUGACUCAGGAUAACUCACAGAUGUUUCAAUUUAACCAAUUCACUAAUCAAUCCUAUAAUUUCCAGAUCCCUCCUCAGCUUCAAGAAUUCAGUCUACAAGCAUCAUGUAUGAGCAGCCACUCAACUUCUGAUGAGGCAGAUGAGCAACAACUCUCUCUUAUCAAUGAGCGAAAACAGAGGAGGAUGAUUUCCAAUAGAGAAUCUGCACGCCGAUCACGCAUGCGGAAGCAGAAACACCUAGAUGAGCUCUGGUCACAGGUGGUUUGGCUCCGAAAUGAAAAUCACCAGCUCGUAGAUAAGGUGAACCGUGUAUCAGAGUGCCAUGAACAGGUAGUGCAAGAAAAUAAUCAACUCAAAGAGGAGAUUUCUGAACUACGUCAAGUGCUCACUGACAUGCAACUCAGUAGCCCUUACCCUUCAUUGAAAGACCUGGAAGACAUCACCUGUGAUACGGCUUAUCUUAGAGCUGAGUCCUCAAACCAAUCCAUCACAAGUUCUUCAGAUUUGCUAGGUUAAGAUGGAUGCAACAUAUUUAGUCUACUUUCUUUCCCAUUUUUGGUUCUUCUGUUUGUGAAAGUCAACCAGUCCCAGCCCCAGUUUUAGCUGUAAGAGAAUGAGCAGUAGUGGAAUAACACGAUUGGAUCGUAUCUUUAAA